CCCCCCCCUCCUCCUUCUCCUCUCUCUCUCUCUCCUCCCCCCUCUUCUUCUCCUCCUUUGCUUUCCCCCCGCUCUGCUCACAGGUUGACAGUCAGUCAGACAGACAGACAGACGCCAUGUCGCGCAAGGGACUCAAGGGCAGCAGCACCAUCGGCGGCAACGACGUGCUGACCAUCGACCAGCUGCGCCACCAGGACGACUGGGUGCUCGACACGGAGCGAUACAGAUGCCACGUGUGCACGCGGAACUUCACGCGCUUCCGGCGAAAGCACCACUGCCGCAAGUGUGGUGAGGUGGUCUGCGGCAACUGCACGCUCAAGAAGGAGGCGGAGCUGCCCGUGAUCGGCCGCUCGCUGGUGCGCGUGUGCAUGUCGUGCAUCCUGUCGCACGCCAACGGCCAGGCCAACCCGCAGGCGCCGCCGGCGGCCCCCACGACCGGCACCACCACGGCGUCCUCGCCGCCCCCGCGCGAGGAGCACUGGGAGGCGCAGAACUUCCACUCGCCCACGGGCAACUCGGAGGGAGACCUGUCGCACUUCACGCGCGACUUCCAGCAGCCCGAGUUCGACUACCCGCUGGACUUCAGCUGGGACCACCCGUGGCCCAAGCCUCCGAUCGUUCCUGGCGAGUCGGAGCGCCUCGAGAUCCUGCGCGGCUUCGACAUCAUGGACACCCCGACCGAGGACGUGUUCGAUAUUAUCUGCGACCUGGCCAGCAACGCUCUGAAGAGCCCCAUCGCGGCUGUGAGCCUGCUGGACGAGGACCGCGAGUGGUUCAAGGCUAGUGUGGGUCUGGCGCAGAACGAGGUGCCGCGCUCCGUGUCCUUCUGCGCGCACGCCAUCAUGUCCAAGGAGCCGAUGGUCGUCAUGGACACGCUGCUGGACAAGCGAUUCGCCAAGAACCCGCUUGUGACGGGAGCGGCCAAGAUCCGGUUCUACGCCGGCGCGCCGAUCUGCACGCCGUCGGGCCACCUUCUUGGUACGGUGUUUGUGUUUGACACCCAGCCGCGCAACUCGUGCGAUAUCGCGACGCUGGAGAAGCUGUCCAAUGUGGCGAUGAAGAACCUGGAGGACCGCAAGAACGCCGUGGCCGCGCCGCUUGAUAAUGGUGCAGCCGUGGAGGUUGUCGAGAGCGACGAGCAGCAGACUGAGGCCCCCAAGCGCCCUGCCGAGCCGCUCCGGGGAUCAGGAAUUGGAAUUGC